AGUUCGAAAGGUUCAACUUCAAACACACUCCAAACUCCAAGCCUCAAUAAUCUCGACCUCUGUAAUGACCAAGAAGCUCAUCUCCAUCUCCACCAUGGCCGGGAAGCAAGGUUGCAAGGAGCAGUCCAAUGAUCGGAGGAUCCAGGCUUCGAUCCAAGGAGACGCCAAGAGCGUGGUGGUGGGGUUCGGCGGCAGGCUGGUCACCCGUGAGCAGGAGCAGGAGGACGCCAUCAUCGUCGCGGCGCUGCGGCACGUGGUGUCCGGGUACAGCACGCCGCCGCCGGAGGUCGUCGUCACGGUGGCGGGCGGGGAGGCGUGCGGGACCUGCGGCAUCGACGGGUGCCUCGGCUGCGACUUCUUCGGGGCGCCGGAGCUGGCGCAGGAGGCAGUGUCCUGCGGCACAGGGCAGGUGGCGACGACGGCGUCGGUCGGGGGCGGGGCAGCGGCGGCGGCGCUGAGGCCCCGGCGGCGUAGGAACAGGAACAUGUACCGCGGCGUGCGGCAGCGGCCGUGGGGCAAGUGGGCGGCGGAGAUCCGCGACCCGCGGCGCGCGGCGCGCGUGUGGCUGGGCACGUUCGACACCGCGGAGGAGGCCGCCAGGGCCUACGACUGCGCCGCGGUCGAGUUCCGCGGCCCGCGCGCGAAGCUCAACUUCCCGGGCCACGAGGCGCUGUUCCAGGGCCACGGCGACACCGCGGCGGCGGCGGACACCGAGACACUGACGCCGUCGCCGGGAGAGUGGCAGCUGGGCGGCGGAGCAGGAGACGAGCUGUGGGAAGGUCUACAGGACCUCAUGAAGCAGGACGAGGUGGACCGCUGGCUCGCGCCGGUUUUCGGCGCCGCGUCUAGUUUUUGAGCUGUUGUACUGUGCACACACAAGCGUGGUUACUGACAGGAUCACAGCUAGACUGACCACCAUUCUUUUGCUGUCUAUUGAACUAGUUGGUUCUUUUGUAGCGUAUUUUUUUAGGGAAACAUGAUUCUUUUUUUUUUUGCCGUGUGUUGAUUGGGAUAUAGAGAGUUUUUUUCCUCUCUUGAUGGAAGUACUUGGGAAGCUAUGUUGAUAGA